AUGUCCUCCUUUCCUCUCCCUCCGCGCCAACUCUUCUAUAACGGUAAAGUUCAGUCUGCCUCGUCCGGCAAGACUUUUCAAUCCGUUAACCCUUCUGAUGCCACCCCGCUUGCCGAAAUACAAGUUGCAUCCCAUUCCGAUAUUGAUGCAGCUAUCGCUGCUGCUGACCGAGCAUUUCCCGGCUGGUCGCAAACUCCUCCUAUUGCUCGUGCACGUAUUCUCCAGAAGGCGUCCCUCAUACUCCGUGAACGAAAUGACGAAAUCGCUCGGGUCGAAUCUUUAGAUUCUGGGAAGGCUUUCACAGAGACAAGUACAGUGGAUGUUGUCACGGGUGCCGAUGUUCUGGAGUACUAUGCGAACCUUGUUGGGGGGGUGGCUCCCUUGGGAGUCUGUGCAGGAAUUGGUGCAUGGAAUUAUCCCAUUCAAAUUGCCCUCUGGAAAUCUGCCCCUUGCCUUGCUGCUGGAAAUACCAUGGUCUACAAGCCCAGUGAAUUCACACCGCUUCAUGCGCAGACUUUGGCAGAGAUUUACAAGGAAGCUGGACUUCCUGAUGGUGUGUUCAACAUUGUUUAUGGCGCCGGUGAUGUUGGUGCUUACCUGACCUCCCACCCAACAAUUGCCAAGGUUUCCUUCACUGGCCAAGUGGCCACUGGAAUGAAGGUCGCCGGUUCCGCCGCUGGCCACAUGAAAUAUGUGACCAUGGAACUUGGAGGAAAAAGCCCUCUGGUUAUCCUCCCUGAUGCAGAGCUUGAAAACGCCGUUGAUGGAGCCAUGAUGGCCAACUUCUACAGCACCGGUCAGGUCUGUACCAAUGGCACCCGUGUGUUUGUGCCUUCUAGUAUGAAGGCAGCUUUUGAAACUCGCCUGCUCGAAAAGAUGCAGUACAUUCGCCCCGGUCCCUUGUUCGAUGAGGCUACCAACUUCGGCCCCUUGAGCUCCGCCGUCCAUCUUGAGAAGGUGAUUUCCUAUAUCCGUCAUGGUAUCGAGACGGACAAGGCCACUCUGCUUUAUGGCGGACUCGGCAAGCCACAAGUUUCAAAGGAGCUAGUGAACGGAUUCUGGGUCCGGCCCACAAUCUUCACUGAUUGCAAGGAUGAUAUGCUUAUUGUUAAAGAGGAGAUAUUUGGUCCCGUAAUGUCAAUCUUAUACUACGAUACCAUUGAGGAAGCAGUCCGACGGGCCAACACCACCGAACUUGGUCUGGCGGCAGGUGUCUUCACCAAGGAUGUCAAUUUGGCCCAUCGCGUCAUCGACCAACUUCAGGCGGGUAUCACAUGGGUGAACACCUGGGGUGAAAGCCCGGCUGAAAUGGCAGUGGGUGGAUGGAAGAAGAGUGGUCUUGGCGUUGAGAACGGCCGUAGGGGCAUUGAAGCUUGGGUGAAGAACAAAAGCACCCUUGUCGACAUGAAUGGUGCCGUCGCAACUGUAUUCGCUAAGCUCUAG